UUAGCGCGCGGUUUGAAGAUGGCGACGGUGGCUCAGGACGCGCCGGGAGCGGCGGACGGCGGCGGCAGCAGCUCCGUGAGCAGCUCCGUCGUUUCGGCCCCGCCGGCGGCCCUGGAGGCCGUGGCCGCAGAGUGGAUGCUGGAGUUCGCCUGCUCCUGCCUGUGCCGGCACUUCGCGGAGCAGAGCGGGGCGGAGUUCUGGCGGUGGAGGGACGUUGCGCAGGCUCUUAUUAGUGGCCUCUCCCAGAUACCUCCACAUCAGAAGAAAACAGUAUAUCUCUGCCAGCUUUUGAUAAGAAUUGCACAAGGAAAAAGCCUUGGGUUACAGUUUGAAAAUGAUCAAAGAAUUUCACCUUUGGAAUCUGCUCUAUCUUUCUGGACUUUACUUGAAAGGGAAGAAAUUAAACUGGAAAAACUUCAUGAAGAAAUUCGUCGCUUGAUUCAAAUUCAGAUUGUAGCAGUCCAUAUGGAAAACAGAUACUUCAAGGAAGCUGCUGAAGUUCUUGAAAGGCUAUUCACAGACUCUGAAUCAGAUAAGCCUUUAAGGGUGAAGCUGGCAACCGUAAUUAAAACCAAGGAUCCAUAUGUUCCUCUUCUCCAAAGCUUCAGUUACAGUCUUUUGAUAAGUAAAAUCAAGUCUUACAUUGAACUUUUCAUGAAAGAAAAUGAAACUAACUUCUUAAUACAGGAAGCCACAAAACAUGUGGUGUCUAAAGGGUUGGGAGCAACAGCAUCGCUGAACAGACCUGUGGAAGUCAAUGAAAAUGGCAAAAGUCAUUUGGAAACAAAACAAAGAUUGGGGAAAGAGAAACAGUAUAUCACAAGUCAGUCAUCUGGAGUCAUAAAAAAACCCAUAGCAAGGAGACGUUCAGGACAGAAGCCCAAAGAGAGCAGAGUUCUUCAGAGUCUUAACAGCAUGCAAAAUGUGGGACAAAAUGAAGUUUCUUUGGCAUAUAGCCGAAAAAGACAGAAAUGGACUCCGAAAGAAGACUUGGAGCUGAAAUCAGGAGUAAGGGAGUUUGGAGUGGGUAACUGGGCUAAAAUUUUAGCCCAUGGUAACUUCAACAACCGAACAAGUGUCAUGCUGAAAGACCGGUGGAGAACAUUGAGCAAGAUCAAGCAAAGUUGAUUUGGACUACAGGAACCAACUCUUCUUGACCUUUCCCUACAUAAGGACCUACUCUAGCUUUUCAGAGUAACAUCUUAUUUUAGUCACAGAGUGUCCAGCAGUACUGCUGUCAUAAAACAUGAAACAGAAUAGUAGUAGGUUUAAAACAUUUGUGUAAGCUCACCUACUCUGGUAAUGAUGACUUAAAUGUAAAGUCUGGCCUUUUUUGCUACAUGCAAUAACGGAUAACCUAGAUUCUGAAAUGUGAAAAAGUUUGCAGUGAUUUAAGAAAUGUCUGUUAUGUAAACAGGGGUAUUAGAUCUGACUGGUAACAUCUUUAGUUUGAUGGAGGCUAAUAAAAAGUAAAGUGUUCUGUAUUUUUAAAGGGCUAUAUCUCUUUUUAGAUUGACCUUUUCAUAAUUUUACUUCCUGCCAUAUAACCCAUUCUAAUUUUUUUUGCUUCACUUUUACAGAAAUGUCAAGUCUGACCUAAAUUUCAGUUUUACCAAAAAGUAUGUAUGCAUUAGUAUUGCUAAUUUUCUGAUAUGAUGGUUUGUUGGGUUUUUUCUGCAGUUAAAAAGCGUAAAUUCAUAUAAUGUUGUAUUUUUAAGUAACAAAGGGACUGGUUAGUUUUUUACAUGGAAAGGAACCCUGUUAUAGUAGCACUUAGCAUUUCUUGGUUAGCUUGUGCCACCUACCUUGUCUUGAUCAGUGCCUUCUUCCAGACCAGCAGGAAAGGGAAAGCCCAAAAACACAUGGCCAAAGUGGGGCUCAGUAAUGAGUCUACACUGUCAGUGACAGCAAAGAUACACUUUAAUGGAGGUCACUAUCGAGGUCUCUGCUGGCCACUGCAACUCUCCUGCUAAUGGGAGACUGGAACAGAUGAAUGAUGGCACUAGCCUGUAUCCCUGGAUUCAGAUCAUUUGGAAGAGAUUUCCACAAUCUCAGAAAACUCAUGCUUUCCAGUGUCAUACUGGUGUGAAUCUAGUGACCUGAACUAACGUAAUACAGCAUUCUUUUAAAAGCGAAAGCCCCUGAAUUCAGAUGUUUUCUGUACCUUUUUUUCUUGGCUAAGGUUUUUAUUUUCCAAGAACCUUAUAAGAACCAGCACCUGUCUGAAUUGGUGCUUGUUAAAACCAAGCUCUCUGAGAUAAUUUUCCCCAUUAAAAAGGAAAACAUAUAGUUAUGAAAUCUGAAGUGUUCAGAAAGCAUUAAAAUAAUCUCUGCUUUCUGUUCUGGAGGCUUGCUUUCAUUACAAUAAAAUAGUAAAAUGCAGUUCAAAGGUUUGUUUCAAAACACACUCUUAUUGUGGACAGAACCUCAAGCAGAUCUCCUUCCUCAUUCUUGCUGAGACUCUAUGGCUUCUUCCAGGAAGUCUUUAUGUUGCAUGGAAGUCUUUUAUGCUGCCUGUCUUAACAGGAAAUUUUCCCCACCUGCAUAGCAGUCUUGCCUGUGCUCAGAUGUUGCAGGUUCUUAUGUUAAUCAUUGUAGAUGAGCAUUUUUAACUAGUAAUAACUAAGUUUUUUACUCUUAGCCAAUUUUUUUAGUCUUUGUCACAAAGUCUUGUCUAAGUUCAUCUGCCAGAAAAGUUACACUGUGUAUUACUGACAUGAAAUUCUGAGGAGACCAAUUCCUUAACAAUGCUGACUAGGUCUAUAUCUUCAUGAAAGCUGAACGUUAAAACUGCAGUGUAGAGGAAGAAUACUUACACAAUUAUAGUGUAAAAAAUUAUCUAGAUGAUACUGGAGAGGAACAAAGUACCUAAACUGAAAUCAGUUUUAGCUUUGAAAAACUUCAUUUUUAUUCACCCUUGCUCUUAAAUGUUGACAGUAACUAGUCUGAGACUUGAAAAUAUUUGGUUGGCUCACUACUGAGUAGGAGCAUUGCCUGGAGACAGGGCUAUGGCCAGUAAAUAUGGAGAACUUAAGGAAAGCAACUACUAUGGUUAGAAACAUUAGCUCUUUAAUUACAAAAGAGAAACAUGGUAACAUGCUUCUAGUGUUUUAAUACAGAGAUCAGUCUUCGCAUUUUUUAUUAAGGCAAAGAGAGUUUCUUGAAACGAUUCUGCCAAAGUCCUGACUCAUUUAAAAUUUGUUAAGGCUCCAGAAAAUGCAGCAGAAAUAUAUAGGUUUCUUGGCAUUGGUGUUAAUUUUCUUAGUCUUUUUGUUGCAAUUUUAAAGGCCUUUUAAACUUUUAUGUAAAAAUAAAACUAUGCACCAGGGGACAGGAACAGUGGUCCAGCUGCCGGAUCUUCUUCCAGGUUCCUUGGCAAUGAGAGUUGCCAAUUGCUUCCCAGUGUAAGAUGUAAUCUCUGAAAUGAGAAUAAAUAUAAAAUUAGAGGAGUAAAGCUGUGUAUUUAGUGUUACUGGAUUGUGUUGUAUAAAAUGUCAGAAGAUUUAAUCACGUAAGACUUUAUUAAACGCAUCUAGCUCUUAAAAUGCUUUCUGGAGUGAACAUUAUAUUCCUAAGUGCAAUAUCCACGAUGGUGGGUUGAGCAGCUGGUUGUACAGGUAUUAAGUAGUAUGCAUAUUAAUAAAUGUAUGGAUCAAAUAAAAAUCA